CACUGCACUAGAGCACCUCCAGGGCAUAACUCUGUGAUUGGGUUCGUCAAAGAGAUUUCAAGUUGCUGCCCCACCUCCAAACCCACCCAUUUGGCUAUCCAAUGGAACGCUUUAUCCUCAACCCUGGGUCCCAACGAGGGAGUUAAAUUUAAAACCACGCUCAAUGGGCAAGACCCGGGAUCCAGAUUCCCCAGUUCUUCACAUCAUGAAUUCAUUGACAGCUGAGGUCGCGGAUAACUCAUGCUAUGCACACUGUACUCUGUAAGUUAUCGACUGAGUGACCUUUUUCUCUUCUCUUCUCCUCUGUUCUCGGCUCUCUCUCUCUCUCUCCCUUUCUCUUUCUGUCGCGCUCUCAGCGAUCUAUCAUCUUCUCCUUUCCCUAUCUCUCAUCCAGUAGGUCAGCAAGGCCAAGAUCCCCAUCACCUACCUAUGCUCGUCAUGAGGUGUUCCCAAGAGCCCCAGGGCUUAUCCUUCCACCUUCUCCCCUCCCCACUUUCUGUCGCUCCUCUUUUUGACUCGUUUUCCCAUCUCUUACUUUCAUCUCCACCUCUCACUAAGCCUCUUCCGGCUGUCUGUCACAGCUUCCGUCUCCUUGUGACCACGGGUGCGUGUGGUUUGGGAUGAACCAGCUGGAGAGAGGCAGAGGGUCAGGGGUAAAACGGUCUUCUGCCAUCAUUCGACUUCAAUGGUAUGAUCGGUCGUCCCUGAUCCU